GGGAAAUGUUUUCCCUCUCCACCUCCCCCGCCCUUCUCUGCUCGCGUACAAAUGAGCAGCAAAGCGUCCAGAGCAGCGUUUGAGGACGGACUCCGGGGCUGGAGCAGCGAGCGCUCCGGCGUCCUUGAUCACGGCGAGUGGGGCUGCGCACCUUGGAGAGGAGAGGCGGCGGGCGAAUCGGGAGAGGAGACGCCCUCCUCCUCCUCCUCCUGCGGCUCCGCACCUGUCUGCCACCCCGGCGUUACCUGGACGAGCGCAGGGCUGCCUGCUACCCGCACCCCCCCCAGACAGGGAGUUAUUUCACUCGAAAGCGGAAUAGGGGAUGAGGACGAAACUGUAGCGCUCAGGCUCUCCCUCUCUUCUCCCCCCGCCCCUGCGAGGAAGGCUGGACCCGGAGGAAUGGGAGACUUGUUUUAGACGGCGCUCCAGCGGGAUGUCGGAUGCUCGGGGGUCCGCGGUGUCUUGUUACCAGUUUCGUUGUGCGGGUGCGACAGCUGUCACCUGUUUCUCCCCGGUCUUUUUGUAAACUUUUUUUAUUUGAUUUGUUUUUUUUUUUUCCCCCGCUUCCCUGAACCCGAACUCACGCGUCAAGAGGGGGACAGUGGAAGACGAGCCGAGCCGAGCCGGGGCGAGCGGUUUUGUUCUCGUUUGGCCGGAGUUAAAUGUCGUCUGACGUCUUGUUUCAGUUUCCUCUCUCUCUCGCGGUCGGUGCGUGAUGUGUGGGUUUGUCCCUGGGUUGUGGAUUCUGAUGUAAUAUUUGGGGAGGUGAUAUUUUUCAUCGUCGUCCCCCCCACCCCCAUCUUUUGCGCGGUGACUGAACUCCCCAAUGCAUUCGCUGCUGGAUCGGAAGAAGAAGAAAGCUGGGGUAGCGAUCGACCUGUCUCCGGGCUCCGCGCCCCACGGUCCGAGGAUGUUCAGUUGCGUGGGAUGUUUCUGGGUCCUCUUGUCUUCGGCUUUGGUUGCGAUUUGCAGUUUUAGUUUCAUAUCCCCCGCAUGGAUUGUCAAGGAGCACCUGAAAAAUAAAGACUCGGUGAGCUUCGGGCUGCUUUGGCAUUGCUCUGAAUCCCUGGACCACAUGUACAGCUGUUACACGUUUGGUGGGCUGGGGCGGUUUGCCGAAAUUCCUUCCAGCUCCUGGCAGACCAGUGCCGUGCUGUGCUCGGGUGGCUGUGCGCUCCUGGCAGUGAGCUCACUGGUGGCGAUCAUCACGGUGUUCCUCCCCAGCGGAGUGUGUGAGAGGAGGGCCUGCACGCUGGCAGGAUAUAUGCAGACAACAGCAGUUUUCAUCAUGGCUUCGGGACUCCUGGUGUACCCUUUUGGACUUAACUCUACCUUGGUGAAAUCCUAUUGUGGAAAUUCAGGCAUCUACUAUGCAGGGGAGUGCCAGAUAGGCUGGGGCUACAUGCUGGCUAUUGUCGGAGUGAUGCUUACAAUCUUCCUGCCGUUCUUUGCAAAAUAUGCACCUAAGGAGCAUGUGUCUCCAACUCCACUACCCACUAUUUUAUAGUGCAACUUAACAUGGUCUAAUGGUAAAACCAUUAUAAAAAGCACUUCUUUAGGUGAUGGGGUAAAACAGAAUGCAAGCCUUUAACAGACCCAAAGUAUUCUUGUCUUCCUUCACAUGAUAAGCUACUUUACCAGUAUUUAGUUAAACCUUUUAUUUUUUCACAUGCUUUAUAUGGGUAUUGGCAUUGUUAGUAUGGUUUACAAAUAGGUGACGGUCCUUUAUUUUGCUUAAUGAGCUCAUGAUUAGACAUUGAGUCUUAAAAACUACCCAUUUACUUUAUAAGAAAACAUUGAAGACUUAGGGUCAGAGAUGCAUUUGUGACCAUAAAAAAAAUUCCACAUACAAAAGGAUCAUAUUUAUAGUUAUUUUUUAUGGUUACAGCACUUAUGCAGAUAUCUAACUGUUUAGUAUCUUCUUACAGCCAGAGCAAGCAGCCAACAUGCCUAUUAAAAUCAAUGUGUGGUAUGGGAGAAAAAAAACAUUCCAGAUUUUACUGAUUCCAUUAUCAGGGAGUAAUUACACACAAUAUGACAAGGAAAGUGGACAUUGUCUUACAGAAUAAAUGUUCUUCAGGGACUUUCAAUAACAAAUAUGUAAAUCGGAGUGCUCCUCUAAAAAUGGUUCUUUAAAGGGGGUGCCUUCAAAUUAAAAUGAAUAUAUACUGUAUAGUAUAUAUAUCAUAGUGUACGUCCAUAAUGAAGAGGAAAUAGACCAAGUUUGGACAUCACUGGCUUCUGAAGAUAGUUGAGUUAUGGUAAAAGACCUGAAAAAAGGUUAUAGUGCUGGAAGAAUAAGAAAUAGGCAAUGAGCAUGUUUUGAACAGUAUAUUGAGACUUGACUUAAAAUUGCAUGUGGAGACUAAUGGUUACCACAUCCAGUCAGCAGCUUCCAGAUUUCUUGCAAAACAUACAAGUGAAAUCAGCACGGUUUCCUUUCAAAAUAUGUUUGUUAAAUUUGAACUGGAGUAGGUUGCUUAUGAGGCUGAACUAAUGACCUCACCUUUAUAUUAUGAACUCCUUUUUAGAUCAAAUGAAAAAAUGAGAAACAUCAGCCUGUUGGCAAAGUUCUGUUUGCUUCAACAGUACACGUCACUAGUCUGUAUGUCUUCCUUCUAAGAUUUCCUCUUUAAUUUCUUAAAGUUAUAAAGAAAAUCAGAAUUGCACACCAUAGGAAGGUAUUGAGAAUUAUGACAAUUUUAAUAAUCUAAUGCUUGUGUAGGAUAAGUUGGAAUAAAUGUGUACAGACUUUAUUCUACACUAGAACCUUGUAUAGAAAGCUUGCGUUAUUAUUCUCUCCCUUAUUCGAGAUGAAAAUGUGAGAAUGUAAUUUUUUCUGUAAAUCGAAGCAAAUUUACCUUUUUCUGUACUUCAUUGGUGUCUAACAAAAUGAUGGAAGUCUGUAAAACUUUAGGAUAAAGGCAAGAGGAAAUGCAUAUAAGAAAUGAAAAUGCAUAAAAAGUUGGGAUUAGUCACCAUGAAAAUAUUGCUUGUUUGAAAACUCAUUCAGACCGGACCAACUUGUGCCUUUGUAAGUUCACUUCAGUGCUGUUAUCAGGUUUUCAUCAAUAGCCGCUGAAACUCAGUGUACAAUGUUCGGCAAACUAAAACACUUGUUUUAUUUUCCUAUGAUGUGUGUAAUGCAUUUUGUAAUUGUUUCCUAUUGUAUUUUGUGGAAAGACAUUGUCAUUCAUCAGUGGGAAAAAAAUCUGUAAAAAUCCUGUGUCAGUUUUUAUUAUAUUCCAGUGCAAAUGACCAAUUUAAUUAGGCCCCAACAACCUCUGUCAAUUAAAUACCAGUAAUAUGUCAUUUUAGUGCUAUUUAAAAAUAGGAGUUGCAUUUGGUUCUGUAUUCAUUGCUUUGACGUCCUUACAAAGUGACUCAAAGAUGUGCGUGGCACAAUGUUUCAUCAACCCAAACUGAAUUUGGGUCACCCUUUUCAGGUAUUGUUAGUGACAUACAGUUCUAAACAAGUUAGAAAUCAUCUACAGGACUAAACCCAUGUUUUAACUUUCUAUUCAUAAUAUUUACAUGAUUUGUAUUCUCUCUUAAAAAUGAUAGCGAGUCAAAUUUCAAAAUAGUUUUAUCAUCACAAUACACACCCAAAUAGUUGCUCUAUUUGUAUAGUUUCAGCAGUGGGGUUGUUUUUUUUUCUUGGUUACAUGUUUUUGAACCUUCCACAAAUAAGGGAAACAUUAGAGAACACAACUUAAUUUAGCAAACUAAUGCCCAAGUAUGCCAAUAAAAAUAAAAAAACAAUCUGAAUUAUUCUGAUAAAUAGUAACCUACAUCAAAUCUUUAACUCAUUCAUUUUAUAAUUUCUAUCUUGUUUUCCAUUGAUCUAAGAUUGUUAUUGGGAUCAUUGUACAGGAUUUUUUUUAAACUUGUAUGUUGUAUGUAAAGUCUUAACACUGGUGAAAUACUGUUUUGUAGACUGUAGUUGUAAGGAAGUUCCAAUGUAAUUUUUGUUGUAAAUAAACUAAUUGUCCAGGC